AUCUUUGUCCUAACCCUCACUUACCAGGUCCUGCACGACAUGUAAAACAAAACAUAAUACAGCAUCUUUUAUUAUCAAAACACGCAGCACCGAUAAUAUCCAUGAACAAUAACAAAACAUAUGUAAUACUAUAUAUAGAUGUCUUCUUUUAGUUUAAUAAAGUCUAAAUCUUAGCUUUCCCAUUCCGAGUCGGUAUCCCCUUCCAGGAACCGUGUUAUUGUUUGUCCCGUUCUUAUCCACGCCCUUGUGUUGUGGGUAUGUGUGAGGUUCAGGAGCUGCGAUCCGGUUCUGAGCUGGUCUGAUACGGUGCCGAUAGUCUCUCCACCACCUUUCUCUCACAUCUGUCGCAAUCUCUUCAGCAGCAUGUCGGGUGCGGCGGCAGGCGGUGCCGCUGGUGGCUCAGCCAGUGCAAGCGCUGCUGCCUGCUCUGUAGGCGGUAAUGUAGGAGCCGGAGACGGGGUGGCAGGGAGGUUGCCUAGCCGGGUGUUGGAGCUGGUGUUCUCGUAUCUGGAUCUGAAGGACUUGUUCAGCUGCGCCCUGGUGUGCAAACACUGGAACCAGAGUUUCCUCGCCGAAGAGAACAACGAUGUGUGGCGGAGCUUGUGCGCUCGGAGCCUGGGAGAUGAGGCGCUGCGCUCGGAUAUUCUCUGCAAUUUGCCCACUUAUAAGGGGAAGCUGCAAGCCUUUCAGCAUGCCCUGAGCUCCAGCGACUGCUCCCGUAACGUCUAUGUGAAGAAGAAUGGCUUCACGCUGCACCGGAACCCCAUUGCGCAGAGCACUGACGGGGCUCGUGGCAAGAUCGGCUUCUCCGAGGGCCGCCACGCCUGGGAGGUCUGGUGGGAGGGGCCCCUGGGCACAGUGGCUGUCAUCGGCCUCGCCACCAAGCGAGCGCCCAUGCAAUGCCAGGGCUACGUGGCCCUGCUGGGCAGUGAUGAUCAAAGCUGGGGCUGGAACCUUGUGGACAACAACCUGCUGCACAACGGAGAGGUGAACGGCAGCUUCCCCCAGUGCAACAACGCGCCCAAGUACCAGAUCGGAGAAAGGAUCCGGGUCAUUCUGGACAUGGAGGACAAGACACUGGCGUUUGAACGUGGGUACGAGUUCCUGGGCAUUGCCUUCCGGAGCCUACCGAAGGCCUGCCUGUACCCAGCCGUGUCUGCCGUCUACGGGAACACGGAAGUGACCAUGGUGUACCUGGGGAAGCCGCUGGACGGGUGAAGCCAGUUUUGGUGCCAUGUGGUUAGAGGGACAGUGCCAAGGAAUCUGCAUGGGGUGAUACGAGACACAGCCUAGUUCAGCGCAGGACUGAGACCCAGUGGGCUCUGG